UAUUCAAAAAUGAAAAGUGUUAUUCAAGUUAUAAAAGGAUUACCUCAUUUCGCAAGUGGACCUAUUAUUAAAGGAUUUGGAAGGGGAUCACGAGAUUUAGCGAACUUUGGAAUUGAUGUCGUGAAUGAGCUGCCUCGGGAACUUGGCACAGGGAUUUAUUAUGGUUGGGCUAGUGUAGAUAAUGGCGAUGUUCACAAGAUGGUGAUGUCGAUUGGAUGGAAUCCUUACUACGAAAAUGAACACAAGUCAAUGGAAACACACAUUCUACACAAUUACGAUCGAGAUCUUUAUGGGAGUUUAUUAAAAGUUUGCAUCGUGGGAUAUUUAAGACCUGAACAAAAUUUUGAAAGUCUUGAAGCUUUAAUAACUGCGAUUAAAAAUGAUAUUGCUGAUGCAGAACGUCUUCUUGAAACGCCUGAACACCUCAAAACAAAGAAUAAUGAUUUUUUCAAGGAAACAAAUGAGAAAUCUUCAAAACCUGACUCUAAAAACACUUCAAAUGGACAUCAUACCAGCAAUGGACAUUAA